AACGAGCCAAAAAUCAGAACCAGUCGCCAUGUCGUCACCAUCUCGUGAUCCAUCAUAACUUCAUCGUCUCCUCCGUUCCUGUGCCAUGUCCUCCUGUUCUCAGUAGACAGGCCGAGUCGACUUCAGUCCGUUGUGCAGUCAUGUAUCUCGCCGUUCCGGUCCGCUCCUGCGCUGGCAAAGCUCUACGUGGUCGUUCACGCCCAUCUUUAUCAUUCCCAUCCCGGGCAAGCAAGCGGCACAUUACGUCGUGCAAUAAACGCUAUGCUGCAGCAUCAGCAGUGACAGUCGAAUCAGGAUCCGCAAGCGGUUUUGAUCAUGUAGAUGCCUCGAGAUCGCCACCACUACGUAGAUCUCUUAGCGCUGAGCAGCGGAAAUUUCUGGAGAGCGCGCUGAGAGUGAAUCACGCGGGCGAAUUGGCCGCGGUCUUGAUCUAUGCCGCUCAGAAACCUCCAAUCUUGAAGGCCUAUCCGCAUCUGAAGGACCUGAUGCAGCACAUGUACGAUCAGGAAGCUGGCCACCUCAAGACCUUCAACGAGCUGCUAGCCAAACACAGGAUUCGCCCGACCAUCAUGUACCCUGUCUGGAAGCUUGCUGCCACUGCCUUGGGCUGGUCGACUGCAGUCAUGGGCCGUGAGGCUGCCAUGGCGUGCACCGAGGCUGUAGAAACCGAAAUCGGAGAGCACUACAACAAUCAAGUGCGAGAACUGCUCAAGUGGGAGAAGGAUCUGGAGGCGAGGGGAGAGCCUGUCAGUGAUGAGAUGAGAGAACUACUCCAAACGUUGCGGAGGAUACGAGACGAGGAGCUGGAGCACCUCGACCACGCGGUUGAAAACGACGCCAAGCAAGCCAAACCGUACGAGUUAUUGACCAAUGUCAUCCGGGGAGGUUGCCGCACGGCGAUUUGGAUCAGCGAAAGAAUAUAAAGCUCCGGAAAAAAAAACAUUUCGUGUACCAUAUGUAGCAUUAACUGUGUAAGUAUGUCCUUUUGUGAGUACGUCUAAGACGUAUCACGCAUUUAGAUCGUGGCGAAUCAGACAACUCAUCUUGCAACCAUAUACAA